UUAAACGAGGAUUUUUAUUUUCCUCUUCAAGAUCUCCACAUGGCUUAUAAUACAAAUACUACAGAUAAAUUUGGCUCACUUUAUGACGAUUAUUAUCACAGGGGCGAAAAAAUAAUAAUUUCUGACGGCAGGUGAACGAAUUAAUUGUCAAAAAGGCCUCAAGCAGGCAAGCUCCGCCUGGGGUCGAUCCGAAAACGGUACGCCUGCAGGAGGUUGGCCAGUGAUAUCGAUGCGCUGUGAUAUCGGACCAAUCAGAGUGCGAGCUUUUACGCGACGCCGGCGCCUAAAACUAUUGCAACCAGCUCAACUCUAGACGAGGAGAAACAGGACGACGUUAAAACGUUCUCCGUCGCGUUCCCCGCGCUUUCGAACCCGCUUUGCACCUUACGCGAUCUGGACUUCAUUAUUGGGGCUGCGAAGUAACAACGUGAUAGCAAGAUAAUUCAAAACAACCCCAAUAAUUGGAAAAUGUCCGGAUUUGCGUCGACGGGUUUCGCGGCACUUAACUCUUUAAAGGGAAAACUCGCAGAAUACCGGCGAGAUAAUGCAAGCUAUCAUGAAUUUGCCAUGUCCGGUGAUAGGAAUAGAGACAAUAAAGGAUUCGAGGAUGAGAGGGGUUACAGUAGACACGCUUCUUUUGACUCAAUACCAGAACCUGAGAGACCUCCUUUACGACAUAUUGAUACUUACAUCAAACCAGAAUGUCCCUGUUUGUCUAAGAGGUACACGGUAGCAGUUUUAGCUUGCACAGGUUUUAUAAUUUCUUUUGGAAUGAGAUUAAACAUGAGUACAGCGAAAAUAAUCCUAAAAAAUACAACUGACAAUACUGAAGGCAUGAAAUUUAAUUGGUCCAUUAACACCGAAAGUGCCAUGGACUCGUCUUUUUUUUGGGGUUAUCUAAUAACUCAAGUACCAGGGGGCUUUUUAGCUUCUCUAUAUCCUGCAAAUAAAGUAUUUGGACUAGCAAUUGCGACUUCAUCAUUUCUAAAUUUAUUGGUGCCUGGUGCAUUAAUGGUGAAUCCUGCCAUGGAAAUGUUGACGCAAGUCGGCAAAGGAUUGGUUGAGGGAGUAACAUAUCCGGCAUGUCACGGUAUUUGGAAAUAUUGGGCUCCACCACUAGAAAGAUCACGUUUAGCAACUCUUGCAUUUUGUGGAUCUUAUGCUGCAAUGGUUAUAGGAAUGCCUCUAUCAAGUAUUCUCAGCUCAGGAUUAGGAUGGUCAGCAUCCUUUUAUUUUUAUGGGUUUGCUGGAUUGAUGUGGUAUUGUUUAUGGUUGUGGUUGGCGUUCGAGAAGCCUUCAUUACAUCCUUGUAUUUCGGGGAGAGAAUUGAAAUACAUCGAGGAUUCAUUGGGUCAAGGACAAGGUCAAGCCGUCUUACCAAUGCCAACAUUUACCACGACACCUUGGAAAAGCAUUGCCAGGUCGACUCCAGUCUACGCUAUCAUUGUCGCUAAUUUUUGCAGAUCCUGGAAUUUCUAUUUAUUGGUGCUAUUCCAAAACCGAUUCAUGCACGAGGCAUUUAACAUGAAUAUAAUUGAGACUGGUUUCGUGGGCUCGUUGCCCCAUCUUUUGAUGACGGUCAUCGUACCCCUUGGUGGUCUGCUGGCGGAUCAUCUUCGAAAGCGAGGAAUUAUGACCACAACAAAUGUGAGAAAGCUCUUUAAUUGUGGUGGUUUUGGAAUGGAGGCACUUUUCUUUUUGGUAGUCGCCAAUGCAACCACCAAAGGCAGCGCUUUAGCAGCAACCACGGGUUUAACAAUUGGGGUUGCCUGUAGUGGAUUCGCAAUUUCUGGUUUCAAUGUCAAUCAUCUCGAUAUUGCUCCCCGUUACGCAAGCAUUCUGAUGGGACUGUCUAAUGGAAUUGGAACAAUUGCUGGGCUGCUUGUUCCUAUUUUUGUGGAUCACAUCACUGAAGACAAGAAAAAAGAAAGUUGGGUGAACGUAUUUAUCGUGGCGGCUUGUGUUCACUUCUUUGGAGUAGCUUUUUACGCCUUUUUCUGUUCUGGAGAGUUGCAGCCAUGGGCGGAUCCAAGUUUAGAAGAACAAAAAACCUGGAAUCCUUUAGGUGAACUAAGUCAAACUGGGCCACCAGUUCGACCACCACCAGUGACGAUGCAGUCUGAAUUCAUAACACAACCAUCGUUGGGUGGAACAAGCGAGAAAUGGAGCACUCACGACAGUUCUGGACCUCCACAAUACAAUGAAUACUACAGUCAAGAGAAAAUUGAACCACAUUCAACGGUGAAUUAUGGCUCGACGGAAAGUAGUUCCGUCAAUCCAUUCCACUCGACGAACCCCUUCGUCUCAGAAGUAAAUAUGUCCUACGUUCAGCCUUCAACGACAGAUGAUAAUUCGUACGACGUCAUGCAAGAUGAGUAAAUAUACAAAUUUCAUUCUUGAAUCAAUUAUUAAAUAAAAAAGACACGAAAAUGUCAAAACUAAAAAAAAAGGAAAAAGUAGAAAAAAUAUGUCAUUAAAUGAAAAGAAUUGCAGGCUUGCAUCUGCGAGAAGAAGCUACAAUUUUAAAGGGUUCCCCCGAUCAUUUAUAAUAAUUUAAUUAUAAAUUAAUCAAAAGAUGACUUACUGUUUAAAAAAAAUGACAAUCCUUCAAAUAGUCUCAUCAAUUUUUAUCAAAAUUUUUUAUUUCCACAGCUAAGGGAACGUUCACAAAUGAUGCGACGCACUGAAAAGGAGGAGGGGGGUCUUUGCCAAACGUAACACAAUGUAUUUUUUCUUUUUCAAGAAAAUUAUAUCAAAAUAUCGUGACAGAUGGAGUAGGGGUAAAAAAUUUUGAAAAAGUGUAUGACAUUAUUUGUGAACGUUCCCUAAUUUAGAUUGCAUCAAUCUGUUAAAAAUUGAUCUACUUUGUAAAAUAGGGUCAUUUGGGGUAAAUGGGGACAAAAUCGCUAUUUUUCACUAAUCACGUAAGUUUCUUCCUUUAAAAGGUAAUAUUUGCGGGUUUAUUUUUUUUAACUUGUUAUUUACGUUCCCAGGAUUAAUUUUAUGCAGCAGAAAAAAAUUUAGAUAAGCUUUAAACGCAUAAAACUGACUGUCCCCAUUUACCCCAAAAUUUAGAAAAUUUCAUAAAAUUUGGGGUAAAUGGGGACAGCAUAGUUUCUAAGAAAGUUUUAAGAAAAAAGUUUCUUAAAGUAUAUUACUGUACUAAGGGAUAAAAAAAACUUGAAAAAAAUUUG